GGUGGUACGGGCGCCGGGCGAGUUCUGAGGCUUCCAACUUUGCGGUCGACCUGAGCGGUGUGGGCUUUGGCGCAGCGCGAUGUCGGAGAAGAAGCAGCCCGUCGACUUGGGUCUCCUGGAAGAGGACGAUGAGUUCGAGGAGUUUCCCGCGGAAGACUGGGCUGGCUCAGAUGAAGAUGAAGAUGCACAUGUCUGGGAGGACAACUGGGAUGACGACAAUGUAGAAGACGACUUCUCCAGUCAGCUGCGCGCUGAGCUAGAGAAGCAUGGGUACAAGAUGGAGACUUCAUAGCAUCCAGAGAUGUUGCAGAACCUUAAACAUGGACUGUGGAUUAAAUUCUAGGACAGAGAGACCAGGAUGGGAUACUUUGCAGAAUGUUUAUUUCAUUAUCUGCUU